AUGGCGCUUGAACUGGGUCCUGGAGUGCGAUCCGGGUCGCCAGAGAGCUCUGGGCGAGACUCGCCCAUUCCACGGCAAUGGAGGAACCAGCUUGGUGGAGAGGACGCUCCUAUCAAGGACAAGGCAUACCGUAGAUAUGCUGCCGGAGUCGACAAGGCGUUGCUGUUGUUCGAGACGGCGCUGGAGGAAUGGGCCGACUACAUCUCCUUUCUCAACAGACUGCUCAAGAGCCUGCAAGCCCGACCAUCUGCCGUCUCCGUCAUCCCCUCCAAGAUUACAGUCGCGAAACGUCUGUCGCAAUGCUUAAACCCGUCGCUACCGUCAGGCGUACACCAAAAAGCACUCGAAGUGUAUAGUUAUGUAUUCGAAACAAUUGGAAAAGAUGGGCUAUCUCGGGAUCUCCCUUUAUAUCUCCCAGGCUUGGCACCUACUCUCUCUUUUGCGUCCCUCUCUGUUCGCUCGCCGUAUCUCGACCUACUUGAGCGUCACUUUACAGGCGUUGACUCUAGGUCCUUGCGGCCAGCUAUGAAAUCCAUCAUACUGGCAUUACUACCAGGGCUAGAAGAUGAGACCAGCGAGGACUUUGAUCGAACGUUGCGCCUGGUGGGGAGCUUCAAACAAGCCAUUCGACCAGCAGAUAGCAUCGCCCUUACCGAGCAACAUGCGUCAGGUGACGACUUCUUUUGGCAGUGCUUCUUUCUGGCCUCUGUUACAAGCCAUAGCCGUCGUGCUGGUGCUCUUGCCUACUUAGUACGCAAUCUUCCCGUGUUGGGUUCCGAGGCCUCCCCUGGAACGUCUGGUGAGAAAAAUGGCCAAUCCAAUACGGAAAGCAACUUCAACAGUGACAUUGCCGCCGUCGUUACCACCCCGGAGCCUGGUUUGCUCGUGAGAUGUUUUGCUAGUGGCCUCUCUGAUGAUCAGCUGUUAAUCCAGCGUGGUUUUCUCGACUUGCUCGUGUCUCAUCUGCCCCUUAAUUCUAAAGUGUUGCAGUCUCUUGUGAAGCCCGGUGAUCUGGAACUUCUCCUGAGAGCGGCAGUCGGGGUAGUCACCCGACGAGACAUGAGCUUGAAUCGUCGAUUAUGGGCAUGGCUUCUUGGCCCUGAGCCGACGGGCAACGAAGGGGAACAAAACCCCGAGUUGCACGGCACCGCAUCAGACGGCCAACAAGCUCUGCUGUCCUCCCGGACCAGCUACUUUGAACACUUUGGACUGCAGUCACUCACAAAAUCCCUUCUUGAAAUGAUCAAAGACACGACUCAUAGAGGAGUCGCCGAACGAACUCGACCAUAUCGAAUAUGUCUUUCUUUAAUGGACAGAUGGGAAGUUGGUGGGCUUGUGAUUCCAGACAUCUUUCUUCCUGUAGUAGAGAGCGUACGACGGUUUCAAAAACAGAGCCCAGCCAAGGCAGAAUUCACCGAGGUGUUACGCAGUGCAAGCGUGUUUUUCGAUGGCAUUGAAAGCGGUCUAAUCUAUGGCGAGCUUGUUGGACUCUUGUCUCAAGCUAUUAGCCCGGGAAACUUGAGCAGCGAGGAGCGAAGCGAUAAGCUGUCCUUGGUCACCUUCAUCGUCACUAAUUUCAAUGUGCGUGAAGAGGAGAUGGUUACAAUUCACGCUCCCUUGACCUGCCUCGCCGCUUUGGUUAUGCUAGAAGAUGCGCGCAAUUCGCAACAUGGCGGCAACUCGUCGUUGAAUGAACAAAUCCUCAGCGUCGUUGUUUCUCUCCUCCAACUGGUUCCGGAACGAGCGUUUGUUGACUCUGCCACGGGCGACGCCAACCAAAAAAGAAAACAUGAUGAUGUUUCUUCCCUAUCGACCGCGGACUUGCUCAAAGGAAUUCAAGGUUUUUACAUCCACGGACAGGGAAAUCUGGACGCUUCGCCGACGCCUUUCUCUCAAGUCGAAACUGGUGAGCUGAUUUUGGACAAGGCAAUCAAGUAUAUUGUUGAUGACUCAGUCAAGCAAGAGUCAUCGUGCUCCUUGAGUCUACAUAUCAGAGUCCUGCUUCUCAUCUUAUUAAAAGUGCCCAAAACCUACAGGUUCGAUGAGAUAACUCUAGUGUCUUCUCUAAAGGCAAAAUUGGUGCAAAAGCGACCCUUGAGAUUUUCAGACUUUUCUUCCAUCUUGCACCUCAUCGCGCAGCUCCAUUACGUCGAGCGAGUCUCAACGUCAGAACUCUCGGAGCUGGUGCAUCCUCUAGUGCAGCAUGCAUGGUCGUAUCUCUCGGCCUCUGAGCCCAAGUAUCAUGUGGAGACGGUUCGAUGCCUGUGGCAGCUCCAGUCUGCUCUUUCGUUAUCUCGCCGCGAUGUUGAAGCGUCGCUUGCGAGCAUCCUGGUCGAACAGAGUGCUGGUGAUGGUGCAGAUAUUGGACGCGCUUUCGGUGUCCUUUGGUCACACACUCUUCAGGAUACACCAUCCGAUCGUCGAGGACCCAAGAUCCCUACCAUUGAAGCAAAGCUGGGCCAAAAGCUGAGUGCGACUGAUCACUACGAGAUCAUGCUCACGCGGCCUCUCUUCCUCGUACUGGACGGAUUACUAGACGACAGGACCCAGAUGUAUAUGACGGUUAGGUCGUGGCUGAACAGCAUGGUUGGCAUUGAUAGGCUUUUCCUACUCUUUGUCGUUAAAUUCGCAGAGAUACCCUGUCUUCGAGAUGUCGGAAAAAGUGUUGAAGCUGAAAAGCCUCAGCCCGAAGGCCCCAUUUUCAACGAGGAUGACGACAUUGACCUCUGCUUGUAUUACCUUAGGACUCUUCAUCAUGUGCUGGACAGCUCGGGAGAAAAUUCAAGAGCAGUGCUUGUGUCCAAGCACCUCUCGUUUAACAGUGUCGGUCAGGUGCAAAUCUCUACCGGCGGAGAUGAGGACGAUAUCACGCUCCAGGAUUAUUUCGUCAGAGUGUGCUUGGCUUGCAUCACUGGUGAUGCUUCUGCAUCUGCCAGCGACGACCUUAACAACAGGGUCUCCCAGUUACAUCGUUGUGCACUCACCGUCCUCCACAGCUUCCUCAUAACUCACCAUGCGGCUCCUCUAUCCAACCUUCAUCUCGACCACCUCCUGAUUGACAGAUUGAUGAAAUCUAUUGGAAGCCCGGAUCCGUAUGUGCAAGUUCUCUUGCUUGAGGUCGUCUUCGAUGCGCUCAAACUGCAGGACACCGUUGCGGCGGAGCUUUCGAUUCCAUCGGCCGCUGAAAAGCGACGCACAAGCGCGGAUCCUCUACACGCGGUGCGAUUAUCCAUCUCUGCGGGCGACACAAGACCACCUCCCAUGAUAAUGCCGCCCCAGCUGCUCAAGUGCCUGCAGGCAGGCCUAAGCUCGACAAGCAGCCAGUUUGUUCUAGAGAACUGGGUUACAUUUCUCGGCAGAUGCUUGCCCUUUUAUUCUCAGUCCAUCUUCCAGAUUUUGAUACCCCUCGUUGAGACUCUAUGCAAGCAGAUUGGUGUUACGUUCUCGCACUUGAAAGACAUGUUUGAAGACGAAACUUACGAAGUCAAGAGUGAGAGUGGAACUCCAGAAUCCACCUUGAUCUAUCUUCUGAAUGCUUUGGAGCAAGUCUUGGCAAAGGCUCAUGAUCAAUUGCUAGCUGAAGAAGCCCAAGCGCUGGCCCUGAAGGGUCCUGACCAGCCUCAGUCAAUCUUUGGGAGCAUGGUAUCGGGCGUCUUCCAAUCUGAUACCCCUCAAUCUCGAAGCGCUACAGCCAAUGACCGCCUGACUGUUCACCUAGCCUUCCAAGAUGCCGUGCGGAUGUGCUUCUCCAUCUGGACUUGGGGACAGGGAGAUGAUGCUACUACUCAAGACAUCAACUCGUCCGCCUCCUUCAACUACACAUCUCUGAGGAUGAGGAAUCGGGCGCGGAGGCUCCUUGAGCAUCUUUUUACGGCGGAGACACUUGAAAGCCUUGAGACCGUGAUUGACGUUUGGAGAAAUUCAACGAGCGCAGCCGACCAUGCCAUAGUGUUUAACUUUUUGGCAGCUUUGGAUGCAGCAAGGCCAAGGCAUUCGAUGCCAGCGCUUUUCAAUUCAAUAUAUAGUCGUACUAACCCGGCUGCGCUGGAACCUUCGCGGAAAUCAACAAUGACCAUCUCACUUCAGGACGCCGACUUGGUCGUCUUUCUGGUCGAGUACGCCAGGUCGCUUGACGACGAUGCCAUGGAUGAGAUAUGGCAAGACUGCAUAACGUUCCUCAAAGACCUCCUGAACAACCCUUUCCCUCACAGACAGACGCUUCCUAGUCUCUUAGAAUUUGCUGCCAUCUUGGGCGAGAAAGUUGACAAUACCAAUUUUGGGGAGCAGCGAAAGAUGCGCAGGGAAUUAGGAGACCUCUUUCUAAGGCUGCUUACCGCUCUAUUCACUACAAGGCCAACUUUUGCUGAGCCAACGAGUUCUAACGGUACGUCGGGGCCGAGGCUCGUCAAGGGCGAGCUGGAACGUCGCGGCACAUUCCCUGGCGCCCUCGAAAGAUCUGAUGAUGUCGUGGCCAUCCUCGCAUCCGUUGUUCCAAACCUGCCCAAAAUCCUCCUCGAACCCGACCGAGUGCUGUCUGCAGCAGGAACAAUAUCAACCAACGUUAUUGGCCCAACGUUCCGCUCCAAAACAUUUCCUGAUUCCGUGUCUUCGAGUACCUUGAAGCUCUUACAUGAGCUGUCCAGGCUGCCGAACAACCAGAAGACGUGGAAGAAGGACGUCGGCGACGCCUUCAACGACAGUAAAUUCUUCGCAAUGAGCCUUGCCCUGGUACAGGAUGCCUGGCUGCCAUUGCUGCGGCAAUGGACCUUGACGGACAAGGAGAGGAUACCGGAGAUUGUUGGCCGCAUCAGCGCGCCCACCACCGCGGGAAUAGUGUUCGGCGUGGGUGCCACCUCUGCCCGUCUCGAGGCCGAUCGAAAGACGCAGCUGAACCUGCGGAGGAUCGCCACGCUGGUUCUUGCCUCGGCGGACGAUGCCUUUGUCACGGACAUACCCGUCAUUUUCGACAAGAUAGUCGAGCUGUUUGGAGCCACUUCGACGUCAUCACCAUCGUCCACAACACGAGCCGAGGUAUACAUGCUCAUCAGGGCGCUGGUGCUCAAGAUUAGCCCCAUCCACCUCGCCAGGCUGUGGCCCGUGGUCAACGCCGAGAUUCACUCCGCCAUUUCGUCCAUCGUGGCUCCAGACCACAGCACGGCAUCCGAAAUCUACGUCUGCUCGGCCAUACUGCAGGCGUGCAAGCUUCUCGACCUGCUCAUCUGCGUCGCCCCGGACGACUUCCAGCUCCACGAGUGGCUCUUCGUGACGGACACCAUCGAGGCCGUGUACAGAUCGGCCACGUACCAGCCCGUCGCCCUCGUCGACGAGAUCUCGGAAGAGCUCGGCGCGACGACUUCUUCCGCUCAGCUGGCCGCCGUGACCAACCACGACGAUGCCAUGACGCUGGCGCAGAUGGCGACCAGCAACAACGGCUCGCGCCGCCUUCCGCUCCUGGGCCUCGGGGGCAUUGGCGGCGACGCCGGCUUUGAGAGAAAGGACGAGCUGGUGGCAAAGGUUCUCAGGCCGUUCUUUGGCCAGCUGAGCAUCUUUGCGUUCGAGUCGACGUAUGCCAUGGGGGUGGUUGACAGGGAGGCCUGUGUGGAGGCGCUGCUGAAGGAUCUUUUUGAUGAUCGCAGUAUGGUGAAGGCUUUGUAG